GCUCUUGCACAGCCUCUUUCGACGUCCGCUGGAGAGCUCCCUCCCAGGCCUCUGUUCCCGUCCUCACACUGAAAAUUCAACAUUCCUCGGAGUCAACCAGCAGGCUCUCGAUCGUUGGUUCCCGUCUUUCCUUGGUUUUCUAUUCCUCUUCUAUUUGUGUCUCCCUCACGUAGCGACGCGAGGACCGACAAUACAAUGGCGUCGCUAAAUCUAUCAAUAAACGGUCCCUCGAUCAAAAGCAGCUACCAGGGCGUCAUCAAUGGCCCUGCCCUUUCGUCGACCUCGCCGACCGCAGCGCGCUGGGCGCUAUUUACAGUGCAGGCGCCGCUGCUGAAUGCGUUCCAGAACACCGGUGCGAAAGAGAGCAUUCUGAAGGUCGAGAGCACUGGUGAUGGCGAACUCGCCGAGCUUGUGGAAGAGUUCAACGAAGGCCGCAUCCAGUUUGCUUUCGUGAGAGUCAAGGAUCCGAACACCGGCCUUCCCAAGAAUGUCCUCAUCGCCUGGUGCGGCGGCGGCGUCCCGGAGCGCACCAAGGGCUACUUCACGAGCCACGUUGCCGCUGUGUCCAAGGUUCUUCACGGAUAUCAUGUCCAGAUCACAGCGCGCUCCGACGCCGACCUCGCGCCAGAAGAUAUCAUGCAAAAGGUCGCCGAUGCGUCGGGAGCUAAAUACUCUGCGGGGGGCUCCACUCCCACCCCCGCGGCGGCGCCUCCUCCGGUCGCUAAGAAACCCGUGUUCACCCCGACAACGUCCGUGUCCGGGAGCUCCUUCAAUCCGCCGGCAGCCGCACGCAACCGGAGACCUGAGCAUACCGACGAUGACGGCUGGGGCGCCGACGCACCGCCGGUCACACGUACCGAACUGGAGAAGGUCGAGCCGGCUUACAAGCCGACAAAAGUGGAUAUCGCGGCCCUGCGCAGGAACAAUGACGACUCGCGGUUCAACGGGCCGUCGAAGCCGGACGACCGGCCGAGCGAUAUCGUCAAGGGGGGUUACCAACCGGUGGGCAAGGUCGACAUCGCUGCGCUCAGGGCCCAGGCCUCACAGGAUGACCGUCCCACGGUGGUCAAGGGCGCCUACGAGCCUGUGGGUAAGGUGGAUAUUGCUGCCAUCCGUGCAAGAGCUCAGCAGCGCCCUACCGAGCCCGAGGCCGAGCCGGCACAGCCCAAGAGCCUUGCCGAACGCAGCGCUGCCUUUACCCAAUCGGAACGGCUUACCGAGCUGCCCAAGCCCAAGGUUGCGAAAGCAUUUGGCGGCACGCCCUUCACCGGAACCAAGGCUCCCACCCCCGUGGGCCUGGGCUUUGGUGCUCCGUCGAUGCCUGCCCCGCCGCCUGUUGGUGCCGCUAGCCGGACGUUUGCUGACCAGGACGGCAAAACCCCAGCUCAGCUCUGGGCUGAGAAGAAAGCCAGGCAAGGCGGCGCGGCCGGGAAUACCGUAUCUCCGCCAGUGACGUCGCCCAUCGCAGCCCAGAAGAGCGGUAGCGAGUGGAAGAGUGGCUAUUCGGGUAAAACCUGGGCACCUGUACAGACCACGACGUAUGGUCGAGGAGGCGUGGAGAAGCAAAAGACGGGAGGAACCGAGCGGUCGGAGCCGGAGCCGGAGCCGGAGCAACCCGUGGCAGGCGCUGCGGGUGUCUCGGCGUUACGCGACAGGUUCAAGGACGCCGCGCCUAUGGGCACGACUACCCGGUCCGCCCGGAGCGUUGCUGCUCCCGUUGAGGACGAACCAGCACCGCCGCCGCUGCCGUCGGAGACCCGGCCUGCUGGCGGUUUUGCUCUUCCCGGCCUUUCUUCUCGUCCGGCUGCUGCAAAUCAGGAAGAGGAAGAGGAAAAGGAGGCAGAAGCGCCCCCAUCUAUCCCGUCGCGCAACUACGAAGAGCGCGAGUCGUCGCCUGUCCGGGUUGCGAUGCCUGUCCCCCGGAGUGCCGCUCCUGCGAUGGAGCCUCCGGCCGAGAGACUGCCUCCACGACCGGUGCCCGUCCCGGAGGAGCUGCCCAAGGAAGAGGAACUCCCGACUGAGCGAGAGUCUAACGAUCCGCGAGCUGCGGCAGCCGCCGUCGCCGCCGUGGCCAGCAGCGCAGCGACCCAUGCCGCAGACAGCGGGCCUGCAGCCACUGGUGCGUCUGGCGGUAGGAGGGCGCUGAUUCAAUACGACUACGAGAAGGCCGAGGACAAUGAGAUUGAGCUCCGGGAAGGCGAAUAUGUCACCAAUAUCGAGAUGGUAGACGAUGAUUGGUGGAUGGGUACCAACGCUCAGGGCGAGACCGGCCUGUUCCCGAGUAACUACGUCGAACUUGUUGACGACGACGAAAGGUCCGCUGCCCAGCCAGCGCCGGCGCCGGCGCCGGCCCCUGCCCCGGCCCCGGCUCCGGCGGCAGCCCCCGCAGUGCCCGACGAGCCUGAGCAUGUCGCAGCGGGACCCACGGCGACAGCACAAUUUGACUAUGAGGCUGCAGAAGACAAUGAACUAAGCUUUCCCGAGGGAGCCAAGAUUACAAACCUGGAGUUUCCGGACGAGGAUUGGUGGUUCGGUCACUACGGUGGAGCGUCCGGUCUCUUCCCAGCAAACUACGUGCAGCUCGACUCAUAGACUGAAGACCAUGCGUGUGGGGGGAUUCCGCACGAGCAGGCGUUUCUCUAUCUCGUUAUUGUGUUUGAAGGCUGGUAAACAAGACAGGUAUCUUGGCUUGAUGAGUGCAAACCCCUUGGUGCCUCCCUAGCCCCGCGCGAUAUUCUCCAACUCAUGUGUGAAAUGGCCGUGACGUGAACUACGUAGAAAAGGCAAGUUUUGAAUCGCUUGUUGCCAAGGGCU